GCCGCGCGACUUGGAAAGACAGACUUCUUCACUCCGACGUCAAGACUUCCAGACCAGCGCCCGGAGUUGUCGAAUCCUUGGACAAAGUGAGGAAUCCUCCGCUAACUGUCAGCGGCUUGACAAAAUUUCGGAAUAUCGCCAAAUUACAGCGCGCCGAGCCGUCAAGAUAUCACGAACAUGUGAGCCCAGCACGCCGAGCGAUGCUCAGCCAAAGGCUGCCAUGCUUCGACCGUACUUGGCGGCGCAUUGUGGGUGAUCUCAGGUGUUAAGCGGCAGUGUCGGAGCUAUGAUACUCCAGACGCGUGGGAUGAUUCUUCUGUAUAAGUAUUGCGUGCCCAGCUUGUACUUUGUGCCUCCGACAGGCAGUGACUUGUGUUGCGGUUGACAACCAUUUGACAAGAUGGGCACUGAUACCAAAGACGUCGACUACACGAAGGCGGACUAUGGAGAUGUUGCCGAGCCAGUGCUCGUCCGUGACUGGACGGUGGCAGAAGAGAAGAAGGCCAAGCGCAAGCUGGACCUGACGAUUAUGCCGCUGCUCACUUUGGGCUUUUUCUGUUUGCAACUUGACCGCGGCAAUAUUGCCAACGCCCUUACGGAUAAUUUCAUGGAAGACAUUGGCAUCAACCAGGAUCAGUUCAACAUCGGUCAGCAGAUGCUCUCCCUCGGUAUCGUGCUCUUCGAGAUCCCCGCCAACAUGGCUCUCUACCGUGUUGGUCCUGGCAAGUGGCUCACGCUCCAGCUCUUUCUCUUCGGCACCGUCAGCACCUUCCAGGCCUGGCAGUCCAACUACGCCUCCUUCAUCGCAACCCGGUUUCUGCUCGGAAUUACGGAAUCUGGUUUCAUACCCGGCGGUUUGUGGACACUAUCAACAUGGUACACACGUUCCGAGACGGCCAAGCGUGUUAUGAUCUUCUACUUCGGAAAUCAAUUCGGGCAAGCAUCCGCCAAACUUCUCGCUUUCGGCAUCCUGCACAUGCGCGAUGUUGGCGGCAAGUCGGGCUGGUUCUGGCUGUUCGUGCUGAUGGGCGGCUUCACGAUCCUCAGCGGUUUCGUGCUGGGCUUCUUCCUGCCCGACUCUUUCAAGAAGCCACACUCGACUUUCGCCCCUAAGUGGCAGAUCUUCACCGAUCGCGAGAUCCAUAUUCUGCGUACGCGUGUUCAUCUCGAUGAGCCGGCAAAGAGCCAGAAGAAGAAGAAGAUCGGUCUCCCGGCGUUUAAGAAGGCGUUCUCCAACUGGCGCAUGUGGGCCCAUUUCGCCAUCACAAUGUGUAACAACGGCCCCCAGCGUGCCUUCGAUACCUAUGCCCCCUCUAUCGUGACAUCCUUUGGAUUCGGCCAGCUGCGAUCCAACGCUAUGGCCGCGGUCGGUCUCUUCAUCCAGAUCCCCGUCUCGUUCUCCUUCAGUUGGUUCUCAGACCACUUCGACCGCCGCGGCGAGACGGUGAUGGCGGGUUUCAGCUGCCAUCUGCUGGGCUACAUUUUCAACCGCAUCUUCACCGAGACCAACAAUUCGGGCGUGAAAUACUUCGGCGUCGUGUGGACCCAGACCUUCGGCACCUUCUCACAUCCCCUCAAUAUCACCUGGAUGUCGCUGACCUGCACUGACUCUGAGGAGCGCGCUCUCGCCAUGGCCCUGGUCAUCAUGGGCGCCAACAUCGCCGGUAUCUACGGCGCGCAGAUUUUCCGCCGCGACGACCGUCCGAGAUACCGCCGCGGCUUCGCGGUUGCGUGCGCUGUUUUGGCCGUGGGUCUGAGCAUCGCCAUCGGACGAUACAUCAGUGAGAAAGUGCAGCGGCGCAGGAAGGCCCGGCAGGUCGAUGACGCUUCGUCUUCUGAUGGCGAGGUACCGACGUUCUUGCCCACUGAUGAUCAGCCGGCGCCCAUUGUUGAUGGAAGGCGACCGUCAGUCACCACGGGCAAACUCUAAAUGCUGGUUGAAACCUUGGAGGCGAUCUCGGUCUCAGUGCGUAGUGUGUAUGUAUUGUGGAUGAUGC